GCUUUCGGAUUGGGUUGUCGUCGUUUAGUCGGCUAUCUUCCUCUCCAAACCCCCAAUCCCCCAACCCCUUGCUCCCCCUCUUUGUUUCUUCACUUCUCUCUCUCCAGAGAGAGAGCCAAGAAAAUUCACGAGGAAAUCAUCACUUGAUUUUCUCAGUAUCCAAACAGAAAUAAAAAACAUCAAAAAGAGACAAAAAAAAUGUCGCACGCAGUGUUCCAAACGGCUCAAAUCAUGCCGAUAAACACCCAGCUCCCGACGAAGCCCAAGCUGAUGGGUCCCAUCCAGCUUCGGAUGUCGGAGCGGAGAGGUCUGUUGUUGAAGGCCAAUUGCGCGUCUCCGUCUACUUCUGGUUUUGUGGAUGGAGACUCCAUGGCUUUGUUGGAGAGGUGCUUUGUGGGGCCAUCCGUCACUGGCGGUUUUGGUCCGGUUAUGAAGGGACAGUAUGGUGCGUUAGGUGCGGUUACUCUUGAGAAAGGCAAGCUCGAUAUGUCUCAGAAGCAAUCCAAGUCUAGCCCCGAGACUGCAAUUGGGGGAGGUGGCGGAGAUAUUGGAAAGAGGAUAAAUAAUGGUGGUGGUGAUGGAGGUGACGAUGAUGGUGAUGAUGAUGAUUAUUUUGAUGACUUCGAUGAUGGUGAUGAGGGUGAUGAAGGUGGUCUGUUUAGAAGACGGAUGUUUCUUGAAGAGCUGUUUGAUCGAAAAUUUGUAGAUGCAGUAUUGAAUGAGUGGCAGAAGACAAUGAUGGAUUUACCUGCUGGGUUCCGGCAAGCUUAUGAAAUGGGACUGAUCAGCUCCGCUCAAAUGGUCAAAUUCUUAGCAACCAAUGCCAGGCCAACCACUACUAGGUUUAUUUCUCGUGCACUUCCUGAUGGAAUAUCAAGGGCAUUCAUUGGCAGAAUGCUUGCAGAUCCCGCUUUCUUAUAUAGGUUUCUUUUAGAGCAGGCUGCAACAAUUGGUUCCUCAGUUUGGUGGGAGUUAAAGAAUCGUAAGGGCAGGAUAAAGCAAGAAUGGGAUUUGGCGCUUAUAAAUGUGCUCACAGUAACAGCAUGCAAUGCUAUUGUUGUUUGGUCACUUGCUCCUUGUCGUUCAUAUGGGAACACAUUCAAGUUUGAUUUGCAAAAUACGUUACAAAAGCUCCCCAACAAUAUAUUUGAGAAGAGCUACCCACUGAGGGAAUUUGACUUGCAAAAGAGAGUUCACUCAUUCUUCUACAAGGCUGCUGAGUUGUGUAUGGUUGGACUAACAGCUGGAGCUGUGCAAGGUUCUUUAUCAAAUUUUUUGGCCCAUAAAAAAGAGGGAAGGUUAUCUGUGACGAUCCCAAGUGUGAAAGCAAAUGCACUUGGUUAUGGUGCAUUCCUCGGACUUUAUGCGAACUUGAGAUAUCAGCUGUUAUGUGGAUUUGACAGAGCUGUGAUGAACCAUUUUGAUGUUAUUGGAGUGGCGCUGUUUCUAAGCACGACACUAAGGCUUUUGAAUGUACAAGUAGGGGAGAGAUCAAGGCUGGCUUGGCUUGGGGUGGAGGCUGAUCCAUUGGUUGACUCUGAUGAUCUUUUGAAGGUUUACAGUAGGCCUUCAGACAAUCUUGAACGGCCAUCUUCAAAAUGGUUUAUUUCGAAGAAUGCCAUUGUUUCUGGGCUUGGUCUCCUUGGCAUCAAACAAGGGAAUGCUGACUCCGUUGCUGAUGGGGAAUCUUCAACCCCUAAGACACGUAGAAAGAGGAUUGUCCGGAAGAAGGUGACCGCAAGUUCAGCGUAGUUUAAUCCAUGUAAUCACCAACAGAGUCCAAUUUUGUUGCCGAGGGAGAUACAACUUGCUCGUCGAACCACUAAACAAGAGGAGCUGAGGUGUUGUGCAGAAAUUUCUGGCAUCUCUUGCAGAGGAUAAGGAGAAGAUUUCUAAUUUUUUUUCUUUCUAUAGUUUCUCCCUCUUGAUCGCAAACCAAGUGUAUUGUACUACUGUGCUGAUCUUGAAAUUUUAGUAAAUUAGAAGCUUUCGAUUUUUUUAGCUACUCGUGCAUUUUUGAAGAAGACUUAAAAAUUCUUGCUGUUUGUAAUUACAGCAGUGCUAGUUC